AUGGUUGAAAACGUACUCGACGACAUCUCCCACCGCAGGUACAACCCUUUGCGGGGUUCCUACAUCUUGGUGUCUCCCCACCGAACCAAGAGACCCUGGCAAGGACAGCAGGAGAGCCCGUCCAAAAACACGCUGCCCAACUACGAUCCCAGCUGCUACUUGUGUCCCGGCAACAAGCGCGCCCAGGGCGAUUCCAACCCCAAAUACGAGAGCACCUUUAUCUUCGUGAACGACUACAGCGCCGUCAAAGAGGAGCAGGCGCCUUACAAUCCAGAUAAUGCCGAUGACCUCGAGUCCAUGUUCCUACGAGCGGAACCCGUCACCGGAAAAUGCUAUGUCCUCACCUUCUCCGCAGCCCACAACCUCACCCUGGCCGAUCUAUCGCCCGCGGAGAUCGCCCCCGUCAUCGACGCCUGGACCGAGCUCUACACCUCGCACCUUUCGCCCAAGUCAGCGCUGGCUGCCGUCGCCCCGGCCACCACGUUGCCUCCCAACUCGCCCACUGCCAACCUGACCAAACCCAAGGAGCAAUACCGGUACAUGCAGAUCUUCGAGAACAAGGGCGCAGCGAUGGGCUGCUCGAACCCGCACCCGCAUGGCCAAGUCUGGACGACCAGCUCGUUGCCGGAAGAGCCCGCGAUGGAACUGGAGCAGUUGCAGAAGUACCGGCGCGAGCGCGGAGGGAAACACAUGCUGGAGGACUAUGCGGCGCUGGAGAGCAAGAAGCAGGAGCGUGUGGUUUUUGAGAACGAGGCGUUCUUGGUAGUGUGUCCGUGGUGGGCGACAUGGCCGUUUGAGACGAUGAUUGUGAGCAAGAAGCAUAAGCGUGCGCUGGUGGAUCUGGACGCUGGCGAGAAGGGCCAGCUGGCUGAGGCUAUUGCUGAGAUUACCCGGCGAUACGAUAACCUGUUUGAAACGAGCUUCCCGUACAGUAUGGGUAUUCACCAGGCGCCGCUUGAUGGUACGGAAGAGGAGGUUGAGGCGUCGUACUUGCAUUUGCACUUUUAUCCGCCAUUGCUGCGGAGUGCUACCGUGCGGAAGUUCUUGGUCGGAUAUGAAAUGAUGGGCGAGCCGCAACGGGACAUUACUCCGGAGCAAGCCGCUGCCAGGUUACGGGAUUGCGGAGGAGAGCUGUACAGGAGGAAGCUGGAUGGUUGA